ACCUCUGUGGUCAUGUGGCCAGCAUGACUAUACAUCGAGGUGCAUGGAACAUUAUUACCUUCUCAUCAAAGUGGUAUCUAUCUACUUGCAUAUGCAUACUUUCAAAAUGCUAGGUUGGCAGGAGCUGUGGCAGUGAUAAUUGCAUUUUCUUACAUAUCCUUGGGCAUUGCUUGGGCAGAACUUACUUGCCUCUGUGCUACUGCUAUUGUUGUGUGGAAGAAAAAACCUAGGUGAAAUGCUUCAUGAAAAAGUGGCAUUUGGUUAAGAAGAACCUGCGUGCACCAUCUACUAGUAUGGCUCUGUACUAUCCUGGCAUGUUUCAGAAUUUUCCUUAUGCAUUUCUGCCCCAGGUUCCAAUGCACAACAUUUACAAGCCUCUUGCAAUCAUGGACUAUAACAUGGACUAUGGUUACAAUGACAGUUUAUCCAACCAAAUGGAGUACCAUCAUAUCUAUGGUCCAAGUCCUUUUUUUUACCCUUAUCCUUUCUGGCAAUUUCCCCAGGUGACUUCUGUUCCUCUGUGCCAGCCUUACAGUAACUAUCGUCCUCAUAUGGCAUUCCAGAGACCAAACUGGGAUCUGUGGCCUGAAGGGUUUGUUCUGAGAGGAGAGCUCCAUUGGGGUAGGCUUGAACGUGUUAUGGGCCCUAGGAGGGACUUGCCAGACUUCGUGAAAGAUGAUCUCAGAAGAGUCUAUGGCACCUAUCCAAAGACAGAUGUUUCCAUAAUGUACCAGAAUGGUGAAUUUAUUGUAAAAGGAAACCCCAGAGUAGGAGAACAAGAAUACAGGAUAGAGAAGACAAUCAUAAGAAAAGAACCCACCCCAACUGCUAGUGAAGCUGAGGACAGCAGUGAAGAGCGGAACAGAAAGAAGAAAAAGAAAUCAAAGAGAUGAUGUAGUUAGAUUAAACCAUCCUGACUGAACAAGCACUCAUCUCUGCCGCUCUAAAAGCCAGUGAUGCUUACACUGAAAACUGGGCUAUAAGCACAACACUGGGGGUAGUGAAAAAUAGUAUUCCAUUAAAAUUUGUACAGUCUAUUGCUUUGUCUGCAGCCAGUAAUCACAGGAGGGCUGGUGGUGGUGCAUUCACUAAUAUUUUAUGUAUAAUUGAUCUUGUGUUCUUGCUUGUUUUGCCAGUAUCUGAAAUGAUUCUUGCAUUGGAAAAGCUAUGCAAAAAUCAGAAUUGCUGCUACCCUUACUUUAAAUUUUUGCCAAACCUUUCCAAGGAUCUUUUUCUGUCAUAUGUGUAUGUGUGCGUGUAUAUAUAUAUACACACUAAAUAAUUAUAAUUAUAACUAAAUAAUUAUAAGAUAUUCACUAUGGUUCUAUUUAGAAACUAAAACUUGAAAUGACAAUAUAAGAUAAUAGUGUAUUUCAUUGCCAUCUAUUUUUUCACCUGUAAUUUCAGAUACACAGAAAGCUAACAUUGGGGCAGGAUUGUCAUUUUAGAUUAGCAAGGAUUCACCUUGCUUAACUCUUAAAAUAGCCUUUUCAAUAUCUUCUCUGCCAUUGAUUAUUUCUCUGAAUCUCAUCAUCUUAUUCACAAAGCUGUGAUUGACUAUUAGACUAAAACCUAAUUUGUACACAAGCUAUUUGAGCAAUUUUAAAUAAAAACAAGCAUGUCCUAGUGUGUGAUUGUUCUUGUUUAAGUGGAAGUUUCUUAAGUAUAAUGAUAAGACUAUAUUUUUUGAAGAAAGUAUUU